CGUUGUUUACUAUCAUGGCCACCAAUACGGAAGUACGUAACAUCUGACCAUUCAGUACACACGUGGGCAAAGAAGCAAGUGCUAUGUGCUAGUAAACAUGUCGAAAAAACAAAGCGUUGUUUCCGAUGAUACUCAUAACUCCUUAGCGGAGAAAAAACAGGACCAGCCUCCGGUGACCAUGAGGACCCGCAGCGGCCGCGCCAUCCGGGCUCCAGCUACGCUGCUGAGCUCUGAAACUCCCGUGCGAAGUUCCAGCCGUCGAACCAGGAGGUCUGUGAUACCGGAGCACACAGACCCAGAAGAGGAAGCGCCGGAGCAGGUUGAGAAAAGCCCUGCAACAGUAUGUGUGGAACCUAUAGUGGUGGAGCCGAAGCCCAUGGAAGUCUCUGUAAAACCAGUGGAGCCGGGUGAAUCAAAGCCCAUAGAAAUGUGUGUAGAACCCACACCAGUGGAGCUGGUUGAGACGAAGCCCAUGGAAGUCUGUGUAGAACCUACAACAGUGGAGCCGGGUGAGUCAAAGCCCAUAGAAGUGUGUGCAGAACCCACACCAGUGGAGUCAGUUGAAUCAAAUCCCAUAGAAGUGUGUGUAGAACCCACGCCAGUGGAGCCGGUAGAGACGAAGCCCAUGGAAGUUUGUGUAGAACCCACACCAGUGGAGCAGGGUGAAUCAAAGCUCAUAGAAGUGUGUGUAGAACCCACACCAGUGGAGUCAGUUGAAUCAAGAGAAGUGUGUGUAGAACCCACACCAGUGGAGCCGGUUGAGAAGCCCAUGGACGUCUGUGUAAAACCUACACCAGUGGAGUCGGUUGAAUCAAAGCCCAUAGAAGUGUGUGUAGAACCCACACCAGUGGAAUUGGUCGAAUCAAAGCCCAUAGAAGUCUGUGUAGAACCCACGCCAGCCGCACCAGAAGGCCAAGUAUCCAAGUCUUUAGCGCCGGAAAGAGUCCCAACGACACGACAGUCACAGCCACACAAGAAGCCUCGUCUCGGACCGAGUGUGAAACCCAAUGCAGCAGUUAUUCCACUGGGGAAGCCCAAAUCAGGACGUGUGUGGAAGGAUCGUAACAAACAGAGGUUCUCGGCAUUGGUCAGAGACACAGCACUGUGCACCUCCUGGGAGAAGAAGAUGGCAGCCAAGCGAGAGAAGCAACUGGUGCACCAGUACGCUUUGCAGCUAAAAGAGCAGAAAGCCAAGCAGAAAGAGGAGAAAAGGAAACGGAGAGAGGAGAACCUGAGACGACGUGAGGAGAACGAGCGCAAGGGAGAGAUUGUACAAGUGAUACGGAACACGGCAAAGAUCAAGAGGAUGAAGAAGAAGCAGCUGAGGAAGAUCCAGAAACGGGACACACUUGCGCUGAUGGAGAAGACGAGAGAUGGCCAGAGCGUCAACCGCAAACAAGCAAAGAAAAACAAGACAGAAAAUUUGACCUGAGGGCACUUUGCAUUUGAUUUCGUUCUAAAACACACAAAAAGUUGAUUCAGUGGAGUAUUAUAAUACUAUGGAGUAUAAAAGCCAAUGUGAAGCCGUCUCUAUAUAAAUAUCAACAUCUGUUGCUGUACUUCAACAUACAAGACUUUCUAUUAAAUCAAGUAUUAAC